UGUAUAGAAUCGCGAUACUUUUUGGUGAAAUCCUUCAACAUGACAAACGUCGAGAUGUCUCAACGAGACGGCCUAUGGAUCACAAGCGAGACCAACGGCAUCCGGUUCGCCCACGCCUUUCAACAGUACAAAAACGUCUUCCUCAUCUUCUCCGUCAACAAAUCCAAAGCCUUCCAAGGCUACGCCCGAAUGACCACUCUUCCCACAGCAAGCAUCCCCCCCGCAAAAUGGAUGAGCACCAUCUCCUGGGAACCCAGCGCCCCCUUCCGCAUCCAAUGGCUCAACACCCGCCGCACCGAGUUCUGGAAGCUCGGUGAGCUCAGGAACCCCCUCAACGACGGCGAGCCCGUCUUCGUCGGCAGAGACGGCCAGGAGUUCCCCGAGGCGUGCGGCCGUAAGAUGCUCCGCGUCAUGGAUAGGGGAGGAGGCGCAAGGGAGCGUAACGGCGCUGCCUCUUCGUGGAUGACGCGUACCAAUGUUGCUUCUCUUUGGACGACGCGGAAGACGUGUGAUCAUGCGGAUAAGGAUGAAAUUUCGGCUUGGCAACAUGAUGAGUCGUCAGAGGGUGGUGAAGUUGUCUCGGCCGGCACAGAGCCCGAACCAGUAGAUGAUAUGCCGUUGAUAAAGUAUUAA